AUGGAUAAGGUGCUUGCUAAGCUGAUUGGAGAUGAGGAACAUGAAGGUCGUGAGCCCAUUCGGAGAACGUUCUCUGCAGCACUGAUAACUGUGAUCCUUCCCGUCGAUCUGCUCCCUCCGAAUGGUCGUCGGUUGCUCCGUUCUGUAAAACGUCAGAUGACGAAGGACCUUCAUGAAUCUGGUUGGUCACCAGUAGGUGUCUAUUGGCGUGAUUUUGGUCUAGCUAUUAAUGAAGGGUAUGGAGAUGAUGACGUUCUCUUAGAGACUCCCCAACCUACUAGAGUUAAGGAGGUUGUGGCAUCUAACUCUAUUCAUAAGCUGGUUGAUCAAGAAGUCCCUGUUCGGGCUUUGAAGUUUACUGAAGAUGUUGUGGAUGAGGUGCCUCGUCCAGCAGUUAUGCAGCAGAUAGAGGGCGGCCCGAGGUCACCUUGUUUGGAUCACAUGUUGCAUCCGACAUCCAGUAAAGCUCCAGUUCGCGAUCGUCAUAAGUCUAAGUAUUAUCAGCCGGCUGCUGGGGGUCGUACUGACGAUAUUCGUGAUGCCCGAGCUAUCCAGGAACCUGUAAGAGAGGGUGUUGUUUCCCCAAGCGAUAGACAUAAGGCCAUCACUGCUGCUAAAGGUUUAUCUCAGAUAACUCCUCCCUAUAAAGGACAAUCUGACUCGAGACGGUUUUCUUGGUUGAAGGCAACCAUUCGUAAAGCGCUGCGAGCGGCGACUGCUGAUGUUCCUACCCAUUGGUAUAACUUACGGCGCAGUAUUGACAUCAACCUCUUCAACCAGAUACCCUUACCGCGUUUUGAUCCCUCUGAUUUGAGCUCUUUCUGUCGGGCAAUCAAUUCUGUUUGGGAGUAUAUGGAUACAAUUUGUGAGGGCAAGUAUGCGCUUCAGCAACUUUUAGAUGAGAAGCCUGACCUCAAGCAACGUGAAGAUGAACAUGUUUCUUCUUUUGUGGCAAGAUGUGCUCAGUGGUUGCAUGAGGCUGAAAUCUGCAAUCAUUUGGUAUAUACGUAUGAGAUCCGAAUGAUAGUGAGUCGAGGCCUUCGCAACACAUAUCUAUCUAUAUGGAGUGCUGAUCUGGGUGAAGAUCUAUCUUUCAUUGAGUUCUGUUGUGAGCAAACUGAGCACUUGAUUUUAGGGCGUACGCGGUAG